AUGCCGUACGAGAUCUUCCUCGCAGGCGUAGUCUCCGACAACGAUGAAGCCAAGGCACGCGCUGUUCUUGGUGGUUUCACUGAGAUGCGCGAGCACCAUCGCUUCACUCGCGUCCAGCACUACGAACCACAGGACAUCAAGAUUAGGGGUUUCCCCACUAUCAAGGAGCUGCUGAAGGAGCGUGGCCCGACUACAGCGCUCUACCAGGAGCUGCACAACAUCUUAGUUCGGCAGCCUUACACUCUUCAGAUCCGUACCAAUAUUACCGAUGCCAUCUUGGGUCCUGCUCAAGCCGGUGCUGAGGCGGCUCCUCAUGGCACUGUUUCUGGUGGCAAACCACAUAUCUUGCGCUGGUCUGAUAUUCCGGAUCCCCCCAACCAGCGCAUUCCUCCUUUCAUCACCCAGCGCAAGAUCAUCGAGAUUCCUGAUCAAAGAGCCCCUCGCAUCCUUGCUGCCAGCAAGUUCAGGAACAAGUCGGACCUGGUUGAGGAAUCCUACCACUGGUGGUUCAACGACGUCGAGUACUCCAUGGUCCGUACCUACUUAAUCUCCCUGGAUCCCAGCCCGCAGACUACAGACCAAGUCCCCAGCCUCGCCGGUCUCGAGCCCAUCGGCGACUUUUGGCUCCUGUACGUCCGCAUGCGUGUCGAGGCGACACCCGACCGCAUGCAGCAGGCCCACAACCAGUUGCAGCAGAUCCGGGACCAGCUGUUGGGCGUCUUCGAAUUCAAAGUCUGGGAUCGUCGCGCUCACGAUACCAGGAUCAUGGAACAACCGACGCAGGGUAAUGGCAAUGUCAUUGGAGACGCGCACAAUUCCAACAAAAAAAGCAACGGAGUGUCCCCGACCACCGCUUCAUCGUCGGAGGAGGUCAGUCCCGUUGACAGCCAGUUGACGAUCCCUCUCCCUGAUGAUGACGACGGUGAUAACGUUGAGGACACUCCCGACACAGAGAUGGACGAGGACGACGACGAGUCCGAGUACGAUUCGGAUUCGGAGCGCGAUUGGCCCAAGGAUGACUGA